CAGUGUAUCCGCAGCACGGGACCAUGCCAGGCACAAAACGGUUUCAACAUGUUAUUGAGACCCCAGAGCCUGGCAAGUGGGAGUUGUCUGGGUAUGAGGCAGCUGUGCCAAUCACAGAGAAGUCAAACCCACUGACCCAGGACCUAGACAAAGCAGAUGCUGAGGAAAUUGUUCGACUGCUGGGACAAUGUGAUGCUGAGAUCUUCCAGGAGGAGGGGCAAGCCCUGCCCACAUACCAGAGACUCUAUAGCGAAUCCAUUCUGACCACCAUGGUACAGGUGGCUGGGAAAGUUCAGGAGGUGCUGAAGGAGCCGGAUGGGGGACUGAUUGUGCUGAGUGGAGGGGGUACCUCUGGCCGGAUGGCAUUCCUCAUGUCGGUGUCCUUUAAUCAGCUGAUGAAAGGUCUGGGACAGAAAUCUCUUUACACCUACCUCAUUGCAGGGGGUGACAGGUCUGUGGUGGCCUCUAGGGAGGGGACAGAAGAUAGUGCCUUACACGGGAUUAAGGAACUGAAGAAGAUCUGUGUGGCUGCUGGGAAGAAGAGGGUGAUUGUUAUUGGCAUUUCUGUGGGACUCUCUGCUCCCUUUGUGGCAGGCCAGAUGGACUACUGCAUGAACAACACAGCUGUCUUCUUGGCAGUCUUGGUUGGCUUCAAUCCAGUGAGCAUGGCCAGAAAUGACCCCAUUGAAGACUGGAGUUCAACAUUCCGACAAGUAGCAGAGCGGAUGCAGAAAAUGCAGGAGAAACAGAAAGCUUUUGUGCUCAAUCCUGCCAUCGGGCCCGAGGGUCUCAGCGGCUCCUCCCGGAUGAAAGGUGGAAGUGCCACCAAGAUCCUGCUGGAAACCCUGUUAUUAGCAGCCCAUAAGACUGUGGACCAGGGCGUUGCAGCAUCUCAAAGAUGCCUCCUGGAAAUCUUGUGGACAUUUGAGCGAGCUCAUCAGGUGACCUACAGCCAAAGUCCCAAGAUUGCCACCCUGAUGAAAAGCGUCAGCACUAGUCUGCAGAAGAAAGGCCACGUGUACCUGGUUGGCUGGCAGACCCUGGGCAUCAUUGCCAUCAUGGAUGGAGUAGAGUGCAUCCACACCUUUGGUGCUGAUUUCCGAGAUGUCCGUGGCUUUCUCAUUGGUGAUCACAGUGACAUGUUUAAUCAGAAGGCUUAGCUCACCAACCAGGGUCCCCAGUUCACCUUCUCCCAGGAGGACUUCUUGACUUCCAUCCUGCCCUCCCUCACGGAAAUUGACACUGUGGUCUUUAUUUUCACGCUGGAUGACAACCUCACGGAGGUGCAGACUAUAGUGGAGCAGGUGAAAGAGAAAACCAGCCACAUCCAGGCCCUGGCACACAGCACCGUGGGGCAGACCUUGCCGAUCCCUCUGAAGAGGCUUUUUCCCUCCAUCAUCGGCAUCACAUGGCCACUGCUUUUCUUUGAAUAUGAAGGAAACUUCGUCCAGAAGUUCCAGCGUGAGCUAAGCACCAAAUGGGUACUGAAUACAGUGAGUACAGGUGCUCAUGUGCUUCUUGGGAAGAUCCUACAAAACCACAUGUUGGACCUUCGAAUUAGCAACUCCAAGCUCUUCUGGCGGGCACUGGCCAUGCUGCAGCGGUUCUCUGGACAGUCCAAGGCUCCAUGCAUCGAGAGCCUCCUCCGAGUGAUCCACUUUCCCCAGCCACUGUCAGAUGAUAUUCGGGCUGCUCCCAUCUCCUGCCAUGUCCAGGUUGCACAUGAGAAGGAACAGGUGAUCCCCAUCGCCUUGCUGAGCCUCCUAUUCCGGUGCUCAAUUACUGAGGCUCAGGCACACCUGGCUGCAGCUCCUUCUGUCUGUGAGGCUGUCAGGAGUGCUCUUGCUGGGCCAGGUCAGAAGCGCACCGUGGACCCCCUGGAGAUCCUAGAGCCUGACGGUCAGUGAACCCGUGUUUCUGGGUGGGUGAAAGGGGCCCCACCCUGCCCACUUCAGCCCAGCUGGCCCAAGGGGACUUGUGCUAGCAGCAUAUGUGGGAGGAAGAAGUCCCGUUUCCAGGGGCACCAGCAGCCCAGGGUAGGGAGAAAGAUUCUCUCCAUUUUGGGGGAGAGUUCUUUCUCUUGACCUAGUGGUUUCUACUCUCACCGACUUAUUCUGAUUUGAGAAAUAAAAUGAAAUGUCUUAUUUUGG